AUGCCAGAAGAAACAAUUUCAUUAGGCCAUUACUUGUUCGCGAGGCUCAAUCAAAAGCCAGUUGAUGUCAAAAACAUCUUUGGUGUACCUGGAGAUUUCAAUUUGGCUUUGUUAGAUAAGAUCGAUGAUGUUAAGGGAAUGAAGUGGGUUGGAAGUGUCAAUGAAUUAAAUGCCGGAUAUGCAGCCGAUGGAUAUUCACGAAUCAAAAACUCCCUCACACCAGAAGGAUCAGCUAUUGGUUGUCUUGUUACCACAUUUGGUGUUGGAGAACUUUCCGCACUAAAUGCAAUUGCCGGAGCAUACUCCGAGCACGUUGGGUUAGUGCAUGUCGUUGGUAUUCCAUCUAUCGAGUCUCAAAAGGAGGAGUUGUUAUUGCACCAUACCUUAGGAAAUGGUGAUUUCACCGUCUUCCACAAGAUCUCAUCCUUUGUUAGUAAAACCACCGCAGUUUUGGACGACCCAGUCCACGCCGCAGAUGAAGUUGAUAGGGUUAUCGAAUCUGCCUUUGUUAACCAAAGACCUACUUAUUUGGGCUUCCCAUCCAAUUUGGUCAAUGUAAAAGUACCAGCUAGUAGAUUGGAAAAACCAUUGGACUUGAAGCCACCUCCAAAUGAUCCAACGGUUCAAGAAGAGGUGUUGGGUCUCAUUCUAGAAUUGAUUUCCAAGUCUAAGAACCCAGUUGUUGUUAUUGAUGCUUGUUGCGGUAGACACAAUGCCACCUUUGAAGCCAACAAAUUGAUUCAAUUGACUAACUUCAAGUUUGCUGUUACCCCCAUGGCAAAGGGAGCAAGGGAUAUUGACGAAAAUGAUCCCAAAUUUGUUGGUGUUUAUGUUGGUGAUUUGUCGUAUCCCAAAACCAAAGAGUUGGUUGAAGAAUCCGAUUUGGUUUUGUCGCUCGGUGCCAUUUUAUCAGAUUUCAACACUGGAUCUUUUUCUUACUCGUUGGAUACUUCAAAGAUUGUUGAGUUCCAUUCAGACUACACUAAGAUCAGGAAUGCUCAAUAUCCAAAUAUCAGAAUGAAGGAGUUGCUCAAAGCAUUGAUUUCGUCUCCUGAGUUGAAAAAAGUUACAGCCAAUCACAAACCGCCAUCUUUUGAUGUGGAUCAAAUGCCACCAAUUAAAUUACCAGGUGACCACAAGAUUACUCAAGCUUGGCUUUGGUCUAACUUGGGCUCAUGGUUGAGAGAAGAUGAUGUGAUUGUGACUGAAACUGGAACUUCCAAUUUCGGAAUUGUUCAAACAAGGUUUCCAAAGGGGUCCGUUGGUAUCAGUCAAGUGUUGUGGGGGUCUAUUGGAUACUCAGUUGGUGCUGCUUCAGGAGCCGUUAUUGCUGCUGAAGAAGUUGACCCAAAUAGAAGAGUCAUUUUGUUUGUUGGUGAUGGUUCAUUGCAAUUGACAGUACAAGAGCUCUCUACCAUGGUGAGACAUCAUAACAAUAUCUACAUCUUUGUUUUAAACAACAAUGGGUUCACAAUUGAACGUUUGAUCCAUGGAAAGACUGCCGUGUACAAUGAUAUCCAAGAAUGGGAAAACACAGAAUUGUUAAAGGUGUUCAAAGGUAAAAACAUUGAGUCACACAAAGCAGAGAAUAUCAAAGAGAUUACAGACUUGUUUAAUGACGCAGAAUUUGCAAAGAACAAUAAAACAAGGUUGAUUGAACUCAAAUUGGAUACUCUUGACGCUCCAGAAAAUUUGGUGAAACAAGCUGAAAAAUCAUCCAAGGCUAAUGAUGGUUAA